AUGUCCACUUUCUUCGACGAAAUCAAGCUGUACUCCACCGUCCCCGUGGCCGACGAGCAGAUCCUGACCGCGGAGUUCGUCGAGGCGUCCCGCGGGCUCGUCAAGUUGUUCGACUUGCUCGGGUCGACGGCGUUCUCCCCCGUGACCUCCGACAUGAACGGCAACAUCGAAAAGGUGUCGAAAAAGAUGCUUGCCGACCCCAAGGCCAACACUCUUCAAGGGUUGAUUCUCAGUGAAGUUACUGAGAAAAAGAAGACCGCCACCCAGGGGCUUUUGUGGUUGUGCCGCGGGUUGCAAUUCACCGCCCAGGCGAUGAGAGAGGCCGUCGACAACCCCAGCAUCGAGUUGACCAAGGCGUUCACCGACGCCUACCUGAAGACGUUGUCGAAGUACCACGGGAUGUUGGUGAAGCCGAUCUUCAAGUUGGCGAUGAACGCGUGCCCUUACCGCAAGGACUUCUUCGAGAAGUUGGGGGCGGACCAGGCUAAAGUCAACGCCCAGUUGCUCGAGUGGUUGGAGGCGUUGGAAAAGAUCAUUGCCAUCAUCUUCGCCUUCUUUGAACUGGGCAACUACGGCAAGGGGUUGUAG